ACCUUGCAAUGAUUGGUUCUUGUAAGACAAGAGAACUGUGUAAAAGUAAAUAAUCCUAAUGUGGCUACUUUUUCAACACCUGUUAUGUAUUCAUCAUGUAUCUCUAUUUUAAGCAUAGUCUACCACACAUUCUGAUGGCACACAAGGUGAGAGACCAUAUCUGUGUGCAGAGGAAAAAGGAAACAUAAACUCUUUUUUUUUAUAUAUUUUGAUCAUUUAUGAUUGUCACAGUUGGCCUAAUAAUAUUCAAAUUUAUUGCCACAAAAAUAACUCAAUUGAUUCUCCAGGGUAAAGCAGGUUCCUCUUCUGCAGAGACCAAUAUGUCUACAAAUUCCAUAAUGCAGUACAUUAUGCACACACAUGAUAUGUAUGAUGAGCUCUGUGAAAGCAACCUCCGUGAAAGAGCAAAAACUCUGUCAGUAGAGACCCAGGCCAAACUCAAAGAGCUGGCUGGCCUGAAAAAACAAUAUGAACUGAGUGGAGAGAGACAUAAAGCGUCACUCGUCCAAAAGGAGGCUGAUGAACUAAAGGACAAAUGCAAGUGGGAGCAGGAUGACAUUGAGAUGUGUUUAGGGGGUCUUCAGAUGUCCAGGAACAAAAGGAAGAUUAUUCUUCAGUGGAAGACUGGAGGCGAGGACACCAACAGAUCUCCCAACCCCUUUAUUGUCAAAAACUCAACUGCUGAGACGUUGCGUCGCUGCUACAGCCGGGUGAAGGAGCAUGGCAUUGGGAAGAGGAAGAGUAGCUACUCCAUCGAGCAGCUGGAGAAAGUGUUUGGUCAGGGUGGCUGGGACUCCCAGACGUGCCAGCCGGUGCUCAUCAACAGCAGCGGCCUGUACCAGGAGAUGGAGUCGGAUGGCAGCACCAUGGAGGACUACUCUCAGGAAGACUGGUGCAACCAGGAGCUGUCCUCCGCCUUCCAGGAGGGAGAGGUGGAGGCAGAGGAAGUCCCAGUGCCAAAGACCAGAGUGUUACAGCCACGGCCAGAGCCUACGGUACAGAUGCAGCGUCAGGAGGUGAUGCAGAAUGUGGUGCGCAUCCUGGAGUCGGUGGACAUCAAGUGGGAGCAUUUCCAGACGUGGACGGACUUCUCACGGCUGCACCUGUCCAACAAGCUGGCCAUCUUCGGCGUGGGCUACAACACGCGCUGGCGCGAGGACAUCCGCUACCACUACGCCGAGAUCAGCUCGCAGGUGCCGCUGGGCAAACGCCUGCGUGAGUACUUCAACCCCGAGAAGGCCGAGGGCCGCGUCGUCAUGACCAAGGUGCAGAAGAUGAACUGGAAGAACGUCUACUACAAGUUCCUGGACAUCACCAUCAGUGAGGCUCGUUGCCUGGAGCUGCACAUGGAGGUGGACUGGAUCCCCAUUGCACAGUCCAGGGCGGCUGGCUGCAGCAAUGGCUCCCAGUACUUACUGCCAGGGGGCAUCCCCAAAACCUACGGACUCUACGCCAUCGGCUACGAGGAGGUCGUUGGCCAGCUGGCGUCUUCUGGCAUGGGAGAUGGCAGUGACGGCAUGUCCCUGUCUCAGGAGAGUCGGGGGGCCACAGACGAGAUGAGUCAGUCUCAGUCGGAGGAGCCCGAGGAAAGGACCGAGUCCAAAAUCACGUACUGCUACCUCGGCAUUGCGGAGGAGAAGACCCUCCAGCAGUGCCUCUUUCAGCACUUUCAGACUGCCGGGAAGCACCACAGCAGGGGAGAACCCUCUGCCAUCAACCGCUUCCUACAGGCCAACUCCAGCGGCACCUCCAAGCCAGAGGGGUCGCCCAGCUCCGGCAUCUACAUCAAAUUCAUUGAGGUGGAGUUGGACUUUCUCUCUGCAGGCUCUUUGGUGGAAUGUUUGGAGAUAGCUGUCGGCUACCCCUUAAAGUAUAACAAAAAAGAGACAUUGUAACUUAAGAAACACAUUCUACGGGACACAUGAACGUUGUGUUUAAAGAGUGCCAUCUGGCCAUUGAGUGUUUUUUUUCCCUCAUAAU